AUGGAUCCUUCGUGGGGGGCUUCGCAAUUUCCGUUUUCGGGUUUCCAACAAACACCCAACGCCUUCUCACAAAUGUCUCAACUUCAACAAAUGCAACAAUACCAAGCACUCCAACAAAUCAUGCAACGCAACACGUUUGAACAACUCCAAUCGCAACCGCCAACUUCCCAACUGCAACCCCCGGUUCAACUUGACGAUGAUGAUGAAGAAGUCGUCCCCGAAUCGCCACCGCAAGAGCUCAAGCGCAAAAAAACAAGGGGAAGGGAAAGAAGGUUGAAAACGUACCCGAAACCGCGCCAAAAAGCGGUUCGAGAGCAAAGGGGGGCCUUGGACGAAAGAAACAACCAAACGGGUAGUAGUUUUUGGAAGGCGACAACGGAUAGAUUUAACACGAUUAUGGAGCAUGGUCCGGCUCGUGAUGUCGAAUCCGUCUCGGGCAAGUGGCGUAAAAUGAGCAAGGUCAUCAAUAACUUUAACGGGAUUUAUAACCAAAUUUACACUUCCCCUCCUAGCGGGAGUAACGACGAGGACAUUCUUAACCUUGCUAUCGCCAAGUGGGACUCUCAAAAUUCAACGCCUUUCCCGCACUUCCGAGCAUGGAACGUUGUAAGGAAAGAACAAAAAUGGAAGUCGGUUCCAAAUGAGGUCGCAACGGCCAAACGGAUUAAAACUUCCGAGUCCGGAAGUUAUAGUGCGGGAGGCUCCACCGCUCAUUGUCAAAUCGACAUAAACGACGACCCGGAAGAUGAUGAGGAUGUGUUGCCCGUUCACGAGUCAGAACGUCCCACCGGGAGGGACAAAGCAAAAAAAGACGCGGCCGGAAAGCGAAAAGGGGUCGGCUCGAGUGGAGGUGGUGGCUCGAGUGGAGGUGGGGGCUCGAAGGCAUCGUCGAAAAUGGACGAGUUGAUAAACGAAUUUCGUUCGUUCAAAGAGUUCGCGGCCGAAAAAUAUACUCACAAGAAAACCGUGUCGGCCGACUAUGCUCGAGCGGAGGAUUUUAGGAUUAUGAGGUUGGAUCUCGACUCGGUUCCGGAGGAUGAACGCGAGGUUUAUCGGAGGAUGAAAGAAGAGGAAAUGUAA